CCAAAUAACAUACUAGGUAGGUAAUCAAUCAUACAACCAACCCAGAGGCUGAAUUCAACUCGAAUCAAAUUUCACUCACUCGUAAACAUCCAAGACAAGAAAGGUUAAUUGAAGCCAAAGUCAAUUGUGUGAUCCAAUGGCGAAGUUUAUUAAAACAUAACUUUUACUUUUUGGAUAAAGUAAAACAUUUGCUUGAAUGGGUUUGUAUCCUUCGGGCCAUCGCUGGUCCCUGAUAAGUUAUAACCACCAGUGACCUACAUAACCAGACAGAACCAAGGAAAAAUAAUGGGACGAGAGACGAGACCACCGUUCCAGCCUGAUUAGUGCCAUCGUCCACCGCCCCCAUUGCACUUCAACUCGCAUGUCGGAUUGUUAUUCUCAACCUAUCGCUUCCAAUCGCUUCCCUUUUCGAGUCUUCACCGUGGGUGGUGGCCGUACAUGAGGACUAAGCUAUUUAUCUCUCCUCCUCCUCCUCCUCCAUUCGCUCUCUGCUUUGUUUACCUCAAAACCCUCCCACACUUUUCUGUCGUCAAAUUCUCUUGAAUCUCGGAUCUUCCAAUUCCAAUUGCAGUGCUACUUUCCUACUCGUCAUCUUAAACCUCCCUCGCACUUUGAAUCUCCAAAUCUCGUCGCAUGCUUGAGAUUGGAACAUCUGACCAAAUUGCUUGAAGCACGAAACCUGUUCAUGUGCGAAGCCCAGUUGAGCCGAUAAGGAGAAGUGCGAUAAGGACUCUGGAAAAGUGAUCGAUAUUGAUAACGGCCGAUAUCUAGACAUAUCUAUCCAUCCACAUUGCGCCAUUCUCCUUCCCCCGGUGGUGAGUUUCUCUUACUAGAAUUGUCAUAUCUCAUAUGCAUGCGCAUACACCAUUCACUUGACGAGUUGAGGCAUUAAUUCUUGGAAACAGCAGGUUCAACCUCCCAAUCUUCCACUCCCGAAAUAUCUCCCACUUUCAUCGCACGAGUCCAGGAAGAAAAAACAUUCGUUGGCUGGGUCCAUGCAAAAGAAACAGAGGAAUUAAAUAUUCCCUUGUCUCCCAAAAUAAUUAUUUCACUUCGCUUCGCACAUAUUUCGUGAUCGAUAAAUAGUAUUACAGUACAAUUGCGCCUUGUUUACGUCGGAUCCCGUCAGCUCAGAUUUAAAGUCAUUGGUGAAUUGAAAUCGAGGAACCCCCACAAUUCAACCUCAGUCAAACAUUAACUAUCAAAUACUUCCAUCACUUGCCUGCUUCUAAAGUGGGGACAUCGAGUUUUUGAACAAGGAAAUUAUCUCAGUGUGUCGAUUCGGGCCUGACAACCAAAUGACCUCCCAGGCUUCAAUCAACACGAUGGCGGGGUUCUCAACUCCAGUCGAAAGUGCAGCACCGACGAGGAACGACGAAAGACCUGUGAAGUCCAAAGGUAAAUGGCUUCAAAGGAUAUCUUCGUCGCCUACACUCGCACAGUUCAGUCGGAAACGAGCGAAGACUAGUCCAUAUGGUAGCAGGUCUACACUUUCCUGUAUAAGUUUCGCUCCCCUAAUGUCGGAGAGUCCUGCGACCCAGUCAACAACAGAAGGACGUUCUUCUGGAGCGCCAGCCUCAGGUGCAGCCUCGGGCCCAGCCUCAGGAGUAACCUCAGAAGUAGAUUCAACGCCAGCCACUCCAGGUCCCGAUACCCCAUAUUAUGAUCCAGUAUAUCGUCACAUUGCUCUUCGGCGCAUCGAGAACGAAGCUAUGGCUGGCGUAUCAACUCUUCCGCAGGAACUGAAGCAACUGUCCAUCGCGGAUGUAAAGAGACCUGCGUCUUCUUCAUCUGCGAUUCUAGAAAUCGUCGAGGAUUAUUUUACGGAACCCUUGACAGCAAAACCUAAGCUCUCCAAAAACAGCAACUUCAAAUUUUGGGAGGAAAUGCCGCACGAAAUCAAGUUGCACAUUUUCGCAUUCCUGAAGCCAAAGGAAUUAGUAAGAGCUUCCAAUACUUGUCGAGAUUUCCACAAGACCUGUUUUGACGGACAGCUCUGGACAUGCUUCGAUGCUUCGGAAUUUUAUGCUGAAAUACCCGCCGAGUCUCUGGCGAAGAUCAUUGUGUCGGCAGGUCCCUUUAUCAAAGAUCUGAACCUCCGAGGUUGUGUCCAGGUCGAGCAUUAUAAGCGUGCAGAAGUGGUCGUGAAGGCAUGCAAGAAUCUUAUAAAUGCAACUCUUGAAGGAUGUCGAAAUUUUCAGAAAGCAACUCUACACAACCUUUUGAAAAGCAACGGAAGAUUAGCCAACCUCAAUCUCACUGGAUUGUCGGCUGUCACAAAUGCAACGUGCAAGAUCAUAGCACAAUCUUGUCCACAUCUUGAGAUGUUCAAUGUUUCAUGGUGUACUCACAUGGAUGCGCUUGGUUUACAGCUUGUCAUUCAAGGCUGUCCAAAAUUGAAGGAUCUUCGCGCCGGAGAAGUCAGGGGCCUCGAAAAUGAGGAUCUGGCACUUCUAAUUUUCGAGACUAAUCAACUUGAGCGACUCGUUCUUAGCGGCUGUACAGAUAUCACUGAUAAUAUUCUCAAAACAAUGAUCCAUGGUAAAAACCCGGAGCUCGACGUCUUUACCGAUGCUCCACUGGUUCCACAACGAAAACUUCGACAUUUGGACUUGAGCCGCUGUAAUAGAUUGACUGACGUGGGGGUAAAAUCGCUUGCCCACGUAUGUCAGGGUUUGGAAGGCCUGCAGUUGAGUGGAUGCCUUGCAUUAACAGACAGUGCACUGGAGCCCGUCUUAGCUACCACUCCACGUCUAACACAUCUAGAUUUGGAAGAUCUCAUUGAACUUACAAAUAACUUGCUAUCCAAUCAUCUCGCCAAGGCCCCUUGCGCUCCGACUCUCCAACACCUCUCCCUAAGCUACUGCGAGAACCUGGGCGAUGCUGGCAUGCUUCCUGUUAUCCGUGCCUGCACCAGUCUCCAAAAUAUUGAUAUGGAUAACACGAGGAUUAGCGAUCUAAUUCUCGCCGAAGCAGCGACUAUGGUUCGUUUGCGAUCUUCACGCACAACAAACUCACGGUCACGUCCCUGCACUGGUCUGCGCAUGGUAGUCUUCGAUUGCUCAAAUGUUACGUGGACUGGAAUUCGCGAAGUCCUCUCUCGAAACUCUGAAAUAACGAAGCCAGACAAUGAUGUAAAUAGAUACACAUUCCCAACGGAAAUCAUCACACUUAAAUGUUUUUAUGGUUGGCAAUUGACCGUGGAUGAACAUACAAAGCGAGUGCUACGGGGGGAUCUUUCCGCGGCUGCAAGGUUGGAGAGAAAGUGGACUGAGUAUAUGAUGGCGAAUGAGGAGGCGGGGGCAGAUGGUGCGGGCAUUAGAAGGAGAAGGAGAAGGGCCAGAGAAGCGCAGCUGAUGCAUGCAGAUGAAGAGGAAGGCGGGGUAGCUGCUGGUGGAGUUGGAAGGAGAAGAAGGGCGAGAAGCAGUGCGUGCGCAAUCAUGUGAUUGUGAAUAUUGCAGGUAUCAUGGAGUGUGGAUAUGUGAAAUGAGAGAUGGUACAUAUGAUGGGAUAUGAAAUAGCGAUCAACACAACAGGAGUAUUAUUGCUUGGGAUUAGGGUGUAGGCAGAAAUUUGGUAGAUGAAUAAGUUUAUUAUUAUGUGCUUGGCUGCUUGGUUGCAUGCCUGAAUGGGUUCAAUAGCAUUGGGCUGGAUUGGGAGUCAAUAUCCAUGGAAACGGAAAAAGGAACGGAGCGUUAGGGAAUCCUCUCAAUCAGAGCUGAAUGCAGAACGCUCACAACUUCGUUUUCUUUUAUUGCAUGACUGCUAGGCUUGAAUAUUUGAGAUAAGUUGGCUUGGGUUAUCAGAAGAUUAAUUUUUUCAAUGGGAAGGGAUGAGACGAGAUGCUAUGUGUA